UCAGUGUUGUGAAAUUUCUUCCGAUCAGAUUUGCAAACUGCAAUUUUUUGUUAAUAACGCGAUUAAAUAUGUGGAAAUACGGACAGAAUCAGGGCAACCAGGGACCUGCAGGCGGCGGUGGAGGAGCACCAAACAUGAUGCCCAUGGGCGGAUUCAUGCAAGGUGGCGGUGGCAUGCAACACGGCAACAUGCCGCAAAUGCAUAUGACGCCGCAGCAGCAACAACAACAGCAGCAAAUAAACAUGAUGGGAGGACCGGGCGGCAUUCAAAUGAACCCCAACUCCGUUGGCCCGACCGGCCUAAUGCCAGGCAUGUCUCCGCAGCACCAAAUGCAGCAGCAGCAGAUGAUGCAAGGCGUCCCCAUGUCCAUGCCGCCGCAACAGGCCAUGCAACAGCAAAUGAUGGGUCCACAGCAGGGCGUGGGAAUGGGCGGCAGCACCGGUCCUCAACAACAGCUGCAACAACAACAGCAGCAGCAGCAAUCAAAUCUUCACCAACAACAACAACAGCAGCACAAUGCUGGAACAGGUGUGGCAUCUGGCGCUGGAGGCGGCGCCAACAACAUGCUGGCCAUUUCGCAGCCAAAUCCGCACAAAGAGAUCAACAUAGUGCAGCUAUCACGGCUGGGCCAGGAGACAGUGCAGGACAUCGCAUCGCGCUUCCAGGAGGUGUUCUCCGCCCUGAAGAACAUACAGCCCACCUCGCAUCGUGACAACAACACGGAGAAGAAGGUGCAGGAAUACUUUCGCACGAUCCGUUUGCUCUUCAAGCGCGUGCGCAUUAUAUACGACAAGUGCAACGACGCCGUCAUGGACUACAUGAAUGCCGAGAGCCUCAUUCCGUACAAGGACGAGCCGGAGCCAAGGAUUGAGACUUCCCAGUGCGACGAAUACCGCAAGGUGCUGCAGGAGAAUCACGAGUACAUCGAGACUGUGAAACUGAAAAACCGACAGCUGCGCGAGAUAAUCGACAGGACCCGCAUCAUAAUAUGGGAGAUCAACACAAUGCUGGCGAUGCGCCGAUCCUAAUCCUAAGACAUCCUAAUUGUUUAGUUCCAUGCAUUCUAUUCUGAAUAAAAAUCAAAAUUCAGCUGA